CUGAAAAUGAGCGUCUCAACUGUGCGUCUGAAAAGAGGAAGUUUGAGCAGGAGACGUUAACUGACUUUUUUUAAACUUUCAUUCGAGACAAAAAGGAAGCAGCGGCUGUUUCAUUUAGCUGAGUUCAUCAAACCCAGCUGAGUUUAACUAUCAUUAUUACAUCAAAGCAGCAGCAGAAGGUGUAACAGGUUCAGAAUGGACCACGUGGCGCAAACACUUUUGUUUUGACAGAUUUGAUGAGAUAAAACUGGUAGAAGCUUUAAUAAAACGCACAGAACACGCAGCUCCUCUGAAUUAAAAGUCACUUUGGCUGCACUUUAAUAUUUUCUGCAGAUGUUCAGCGCUGCGGUCACUUUUCCAGCCUGAACCAAGUGGAAAAAUCAUCAGAACCCGUCCGUGUUACCUGAUCGGCUUUUCUGGCGUAAUUUGGAACUUUUUCAGGAAAUUAAAUUACACGAGAGCUGCGGUUGAUCAUUUGCAUCCACGAAACUAAACUUAUUCCCCGGUCUGGUGCCACGAAACCGAACUGAGCCGAGACAGAAUCAAAUGUUAUUCAGAUAAAGUCGCCGGGUUGGAUCGAUGCGCAUCAGCCGCGGACGCGCAGUUUAGUGGUGAAGCAACAGGCGGCGAAGCGCGGAGGAAACGGAGCCGGUUGUGACAUUUUAGUGUGGAAUUCUCCUCCCUGCUGCUGCACACGGACAAACGCUACUGCUGUGGGUCGGUGUUGUGUGGGUCGGUGUUGUGUGAGUCCGCGCUCCGGAGAGGCGCCGUGGACACCUUUUACGCGCGGUCGUGUAACUGGGAAGAGGAAAGAGGGCGGUCAGAGUGUGACGGCGCUGCUUUCACUGCGGCUCACACGUGUGAUUUAGUGUCCACGCAUGCUGGAGAGGAGCUCCGCGCACUCGAUGCCCGCCUUGGUGAUGCCAUGCCCCGGAACCACAGCGGAGACGAAGGCGGCACCGGGCUCUGGAUGAGGACGUCGCCGGGGCACCGAACCGAAGGCUACGGUUUGAAAGAUGUGGAGUCCGGACGAAGGAUGAUGAUGAUGAACAACGCGGGAGACGGUUUGCUGUCAGCCUCCGCCGCCACAGGUGCCGGCGGCUCGGACAGCCUGCGGGAUAAGCAGGGCGCCCGGCUCAGCCUGCUGGGGAAGCCGCUCAUCUACAGCGCGCAGAGCGGCCGCAGGAACGUGCGCUACCGGCGGCUGCAGAACUACCUGUACAACGUGCUGGAGCGACCGAGAGCCUGGGCGUUCAUCUACCACGCGUUCGUGUUCAUUCUGGUCUUCAGCUGCCUGGUUCUGUCGGUGUUCUCCACCAUCCCAGCCCAUCAGGACUUCUCCUCCCACUGUCUGCUCAUCCUGGAGUUUGUGAUGAUUGUGGUGUUCGGGUUGGAGUUCAUCAUCCGGAUCUGGUCGGCGGGAUGCUGCUGUCGCUACAGAGGAUGGCAGGGUCGACUUCGCUUCGCCAGGAAACCAUUUUGUGUCAUAGACAUCAUCGUGCUGAUAGCGUCGGUGGCCGUGGUGUCGGCCGGCAGUCAGGGAAACAUCUUCGCCACAUCGGUGCUGCGGAGCCUCAGAUUCCUGCAGAUCCUCCGGAUGGUGCGAAUGGACCGAAGAGGAGGAACCUGGAAGCUGCUGGGAUCCGUCGUCUACGCACACAGCAAGGAGCUGGUCACCGCCUGGUACAUCGGCUUUCUGGUCCUGAUCUUCUCUUCGUUCCUCGUCUACCUUGUGGAGAAUAAGUUCAACAAGGAGUUCGCAACUUACGCUGAUGCCUUGUGGUGGGGAACGAUUACCCUGACAACCAUCGGCUAUGGAGACAAGACACCAAAAACGUGGACAGGACGGAUGUUGUCUGCGGGGUUCGCCCUCCUAGGCAUCUCCUUCUUUGCCUUGCCAGCAGGUAUUCUAGGUUCAGGCUUCGCCCUGAAGGUCCAGGAGCAGCACAGACAGAAGCACUUUGAGAAGAGACGGAACCCAGCCGCCUACCUCAUCCAGUGUGUUUGGCGUAGUUAUGCGGCUGAUGAGAACUCGGUUUCCAUUGCUACCUGGAAGCCUCACUUGAAGGCGUUGCAUACCUGCAGCCCUACAAAGAAGGAGCAGGGAGAGUCGACGACAAGUAAAAUUCAUAGUAAUAAGCAGAAGCUACUGAGGAGGUGUACCACUCGGAGACAUAGCCAGAAGUUGAGCUUCAAGGAGCGGGUGAGGAUGGCAAGCCCCCGUGGUCAGAGCAUCAAGAACCGGCAGACGUCCUCUGUGAACGACCGGCGGUCCCCAGGGGCCGACGCCGGCACCGAGGGAACAAGUCCAGCCAAGGUCCAGAAGAGCUGGAGCUUCAACGACCGCACAAGAUUCAGGCCUUCGCUCCGCCUCAAGAGCCAGUCACGCUCCACCACGGACGCCGAGUCCAACAUGGCAGCUGAGGAUGGUUUUGAUGAUAAAGGAUGUCAUUGUGAGAUCUCUGUGGAGGACUUGCUGCCCUCAGUCAAGUCUGUCAUCAGAGCUGUCAGGAUCAUGAAGUUCCAUGUAGCCAAGAAGAAGUUUAAGGAGACGCUGCGUCCGUACGAUGUGAAAGAUGUGAUCGAGCAGUACUCAGCCGGUCACCUGGACAUGCUGUGUCGCAUCAAGAGCCUGCAGACCAGGCUGGACAUAAUAGUCGGUCCGCAGCCACUGGGCAGCCGAGCCAAGACCUUUUCCUCCCCCUCCCUGCCUGUCUAUUACAGCCAGGGCAGAAAGAGCUCCACCCAGGGGGUGGACCAAAUCCUCGGGAAGGGCCAGAUCCCUUUGGAUAAGAAGAUUCGAGAGAAGCUGCUGUCUGAUGGAGAUUUACUGGAGGACAUGAGCAUGUUGGGUCGAGUCUGUAAGGUGGAGCGGCAGGUCCAGUCAAUCGAGUCAAAGCUCGACUCCCUGCUCGACAUUUAUCGGCAGGUUUUGCGUAAAGGCUCGUCUUCGGCCCUCACGCUCUCCUCCCUCCCACUCUUCGAGCUGGAACAGACCUCUGACUACAACUCCUCAGUCUUCAGUAAGGACCUGCCCUGCUCCCCCCAGGUCGGCGGUGGAGCGCCUCCCCCAGGAGGCUUUGUCACUCACUCCUCCACCAACUCCCACCUCCCCCAGGGGGGACUCCAUCUCAUUCUGGCUCCCCCAAACGAGCUCAACCUCAAUCUCAAUGCCUCUUCCUCUACGCCUCCCUCUGGCCUCGCAUCCUCCUCUUUCAGUCCGUCGCCGCUGCCUCAUCACCAUCAUCACCAUCACCACCACCAUCAUCAUCCUCAUCCCCGCACCCAGGCUCAGGCCACCACACCUGAAAGUGUCACCGAUGAGGCAGUGGGGAGUUCUCCACCCAUCCUCACCCCUAACAGUGUCAGCAGUUCUGGGGUUAGAGGAGUCGGAGAUGGAGGGUUUCCUCUUCUGACGAGGCUUCCGCCACCGCCCCCUCCCAGCCGGAGCAGUGGUUCUGGCAACAUGGUGAGGACGACGUCCACAGAAGUGUCCCCCGACAUGGAGGAUUUCUGUGGAGGUUUAGGGACGCAGAUGGAGGACAACAGUGUCGGGGAGGACCUCAGCCUCGGAUUGGGGUUGGGCAGACUGGGGCAGCAGCUGCAGGACAAAGGCAACAGCAGGCUUAACGCUAAGGAAGAGGGUUCCUGGAGGAGACAUAUGAGCCUGGAGCUGGAGCCUCUGGUACCGCCAGUUCUGGGCUGCUGCUCUGGGCCCAUCCAGAUGGACCGAGGACUGGGCAAGUCCAUGUCAGUGCAGGACCUGAUGCAGGCAGCACCAGGGACCGUCCACGACGCAAGACACGGCCACAGCCUAUCGUCUCCGAGCCCCAGUACGAGCAGCGACUCUCCUGUUGGCUUUCACAGCUGUAGCCAAGACCCCGGUGGAGGAGGGGGAGGAGGUACAGGCAGGAGUGGUGGAGGCGGCGGGUGGGGUGAGGAGGACCUCUUUAUUAGUGACAGAGACAUAGAGGCGCAGGGGUUUGACUUCCUGUCACAGGGGACUACAGAGGCCCACAUCUACACCUCAGACCUCCUGAGGACAGGGGGCAGAGCUGGGGUGGGGUCCCAGGGCUCGAACCGUAGCCUGGCCAGCGGUCAAACAUCCUCCCCCUCUGCCAGCAGCACCGAACUGCUGAACAUGCCGCACGUACGGCUAAAAUAGACUCGGCUACAUGUUCGUAAGGCAUACAAAUCUCACCUCACUGAUGGUUUUUAUCCUUUUUGGAGGGUGGGACUAAAACACGGGGUCCCUUUUGUUUGUUUAUUUUCAUGUUGAUCCAUUUGAUAAGAAUCAUAGUAUUUUCAUACAGGCUGAUCACAUACGGCAUAUCGUUGCAUGAGCUAUUCUUUUUAUGAAGUAGGAUUGACAAAUUUGAGAUAAAAGAUUGACAAAUGAGAACACAGACCCCCAAGACAACUUCGAUAAGAAACGCAGCCCCUGAAAGAUGGUUGGGUAAAAUGUGACCUCGACGCACAGCAUGAUGAACUGCAUGUUUUUAGUCAAAGGUACAGACAUUUACAAUGUACAGUUUACACUCAAAGACGGGGAAACCAACCCGACACUGAUGGAAACCCAAUUUGAGAACACCACUGACAUCUGUUGCACAGGUAUAGAAGAUGUAUUUAUGUCUCUGCCAUGACAUGACACUUCCACACUGAAAUGAAUGUUACCUCGCAGUUGCCAAACAUUGACAUUCUCUGUAUACUCAUAACCAGAUCAUGUCAAGUUUAUAUCCUUAAAUUAUAUGAAUCCUAAACCACGAAUCAAACCGAUGACUUGAUAACUGACUUCAAUCUGCUGUUUGAAUUGCGGUUACAAUGAACACUUCAAAUAAUCUGAAUUAUCCCCUUAAGUGCAAAUAGGUUUUAAAAUGUGUGUUGCAACAAUAUCAGAAGUUACCUGAAACAAGUGGGUUUGUAAAGUCUGCUAACAGAGUUAUAUUUCAUACUGUCAAUGCCAGAUUUCUCAAAAACAUCAAGAUAUGUGAUCUUUUAGGGCAGAAUCACAAUCUGAAUCACAAUUCUCUCCACAAAUUCAGCUGAAGUCAUGUAAUUAUUUGUGUAUGUGGUUACCUGGAUACAAUGCCUGUCACUUUAACUCAAGACUAAAUGCCUAACUCAAAAAACAAUCUAUUUUAUUAUGAAGUGGUGAUAUGUACUCUGAACUUUGUAAAGAAGCAUCAAACCAGCAGUUGCUGCUAACCAAAGACAGGUCACUGUUCUGGUGGUCCUUGAUAGCAUUCAUCUGCCUCCAAGUUCCAUCUCCUCAGUCUUGGAUUACAGCUAGUCAACAAUAGUUGACAAUGUUAUCACAGGCAUAGUUUGGCAUCUUAUUCUUUGAGUCCUUCACCUGCUGCAGGUUCUAGUUGGUUUGAUCAUUCAGACAGCAGAACAAGAACUACCACCACCACCUGCAGUCCAAGAUGGAGGAGUUGGAGUUUGGAGAGGCAGCUGAAUGAACUGAGGAGCACAACAGCAACCUGACCAGCCUGCAAAUGGGAAUCAAGACAAGACGGGACUUUCUGGUUAAUAAUGACUGAAAUACUCAGACAUUAGGACUUCAGACUGCAACCGAAGUGGGUACAUAUUCACCACACCAUUUUGAGAGUGCAAUAAUAAAAUGAGAAGGUGCAGGCAGAGAGAUACUGACUAAACCAGUGACUUACAAGAAGUAUCGCAUUCAGUCAUAAUGGUUAACGCAUUACUAGGGCUGCAAAAUUAAAUGAAAAUUAAUCACAAUCACGAUUUUGGUGUUCUGCAAUUAAAUAAAUAUAACUGACGCGGAUUUAAAAAAAAAACUCAGCACAUAGGGAACAGUAGAUGUAGAUAAAAUGUCUCGGUUUCAACUUGAGUAAAUCUGACAUUAGGAUGCCAUAUUUUACUGUUUUUAAAGUAUUUUUGGACUACUGUAUCCUGCAUGUGAGGCGUUUAGGGAACAAUGGUAAACUGUAGUGUCUAUCAAUAUGCAGAUGUUCAGCAGGUGACGAGUUUAAAGACUGGCAAAAUUUCCGUAUUUUGCAAAUAUCAAGUCUGAAGUCAUUAUCAAUUUUUAUAUCAGUGCAAAACUAGGACAGCAAAGACAACAUUUCAUUAGCAUGCAAGGUUAUUUAACACCGCAAAAAAAAGGGAUGGGGAAGUACGAUCAAAUUAUGUGUUAACGCUAGCCUGGAGCCCUGCAUACAGCGCCAUAAAUAAGAUUCAUUUUAAAAGCAGAAAAUAAGUCAAACUGCCCACGAUAUCAGCUUGUUCACCCCUAAUGUGAUGUCCCUGUGACCUGCAGUAAAUAGGCUACAGCGUACAAACACAUUUCAUUUUCACUCAACUCUGAUUAGGUAGAUAUCUUGUUUUGGAACUCUUUGACAGCUGUUCUUGUUGCACCAUGUUGAAAAAACAUGUACGGAAAUUCUCAAUACGCACAUAUACAGAUAAGAAUGCCCAUUCACACAUACAGCCAGCAGGGAGGCCCCAUGCCCACCAUCCUGUAGAGGACCUUUGGUACAGAUUAGUGGAGGAACAGAUCAAUUAGGCACCCAUCAGUUGGUUCUCCAGCUGAUCACAGCCAUGGAUUGAAACACUUCUUGAAUGUCAUUUCCUAGUUUAAAAAAAAAAGAUCUUUUGUCUGAAUAGGCGUGACCUCGCAAAGCACUUUGUUUCGGUUCAGAAACAGAUACACUGAGAGAAAUGUUCGGAGAUUUAACUUUGUAUUGCAGUCGGCUUUUUGCCACCGUUUCUACAUGAAUGGAAGAUUAUAAGAUCUUAUUUAAGUCACAGUGUUUUUUUUUUUUUUUACAUACAGUCUAAUGUGGGAUUACUUUUACUUCCUUGAAGGGGACUUGCUGCAGAAUGUAUCGCUUAUUAGUAUGAACAGAACAUCUAUUGCUUGAACUGCUGAGCAGUGACAUCAAGACGACUAAUUGCCAACUUCUCCCCACUGCAUGGUACAGAGUCAGUGUGUUGAGUAAGAUUAAGGCCUUGAUUAUACUCUGUUGCAGAUGCACACAUGUACGGCUGUAGACACCUCAGACAUGUACUCGUUCUAUAUUAUACUACAGUACUCUCUAGUCUGUGCCUACAUAUUCCACGCAUGAACAGACUUUCACAGAGGGGUUUGUGCAGACUAUGUUGGAGUGUCAUUUGUUAAACAAUUCUGAUUCUGCUUAUCGAUUCUGGUUCUGAGUUGCAGGUGGUUAAAUUGAAAUCAUGCUUUUACCUCAAUGCAUCAGCAAUAAUAAUCUAAGCCACAAAAUACAUAUUGUGGCAGGUACUUUUACAUUUUCACACUUUAAGUAACAUUACCAGUAUACGACAGUUGUGUAGUUCAGUGCUUUUUCCUAGGUAAAGGAUCUGAGUACUUCAUCUACUACUGCCCACCUAUCUAUUAAGGCAAACACUUUCUAAUGAUAUGAGUUAAUAUAGUUGCUGUUUUUUUUUUUAACCAGCAAGGUUGGAACUCUCAACCUAGCUCAAGUUCAAUCCUGUCGAUGCAAAGUUUUUUGAAGCAGCAUUUGUUGAAUUAAGGUGUUAAGAGACAAUUGCGUAGUUUGUGCUGUUGGCCUGCUAAUUAAGCAACUGCAAGUAAUGCUCUGAUUUGUUAAGACAAAUGCAUCAGGAGACAAGAAAACACACAUGCAUUCAGCUUGCAUGACUAAUGAUAGAAACGGUCCAGAAAUGGUACUGAAAUCGGUCUAGGAACCGAUAAGCAGAAUCAAGACCAAACUUUGGAACUGGUUCCUGUUGCACAACCUUAGUGGACACACAAACUGACAGCUGCAGACAUAUCGUAUGAGUAGUUGUCCUUAACACUUUCUAGUUCACUCAGAGGACAGGUUACAUUCAUGACCAGUAGAUCAAUGUCUGUAAUCGGCGUAUGUGCACUUCUGCUCUUGUAAAGUCAUUGCUGCACAGAUCCAUGUGAAUUCUAACAAACUUGAACAGUUGACGAAAGUUACGUCAUGCAGAAAGUGCAACACUGGCCUAACUGGUUCUCUCCUAGUUUCAGGAUGGAACCAUGAGAUGCAGGUCGAUCGUACCCAUAAAGCCUCAGUGGUGAGUGAUCACCUUCAGCUAGCAGUACCUCAGUGAACUCUGCAAAUGGAUAUCAAAGAUCAGAACAUACUAACCAGGCCUGGGGUCACUUUUACUUACCUUCAGAUAUUUAAGUAUAUUUUGCAUGAAGAGACUGUCAUAUCGAAACGUAUCUAGAACUGAGAACGAAUGCUUUGUCGUCAAGUCAAUUUACUGUUUUAGGUUCAAACUGACUGCAUCAGAAGUUUUUUUAAAAAAAACGAAAAACACCACAGCUCUGAUAUGAAGUUUACAACAUGUGCAGAACAUACAGUAAACUGGUGCCUUGCUUUUGUGGUACAUUUUCAUCUCCAUGUCUAUUCGGUUUCCAGAAAAGCGCAUUAGGUUCCUCCACUGCUGCACUGUCUUUAUGUUCUCUCCUUGAAAAUGUACUGACUUGAGGCAUUUUACACUUUUGUUUUUUUAAAUACAGAUCAUUUUGCUACUGGGCAUAAAAUGGGCCUUUGACAUGUUAACAUUCUGUCUCAUUUCUUUUAAUUUAUUUAAAUUAUGUGCACAUAUUUACACACUAGUAAUAAUCUCAGUUAGAUUACGGAAGCCUGUAUUGUAAUGAAAAUGCAAGUGAACUUUUAUUCUCAUUCAUCAAUAAAGGAAAUUCUAUGGAAA